AUGUCACUCUUAAAUCCAAUUCAAAUGUCUUCCUCCAGGCGAGUCAAGGUCCAAAUUUUAUUGUCUGUGGAUUUCGACGCUGUCUCCGGUUUUCUAGGGACUGGUGCUUCGGCUACAACCAAUCUCGCCGAUUACAGCAGUGGGUUUUUUGCAGCUCAAGUCGGAGUGCCACGCUUAUUGCGCCUCUUUAAAAAACAUGAAAUUAGUUCCUCGGUGACUUGGUUUGUGCCCGGUCAUUCAAUGGAAUCAUUCCCAGAAGAGACCAACGCAAUUGUUCAGUCGGGCGCCGAAAUCGGCUGCCAUGGAUAUGCGCAUGAGGGCUCUAGUCAAAUGACUGAAUCACAGGAGAGAGAGGUCAUCGCCAAAUGUGUGCAGCUGGCAACCGACUUGACCGGAAAGAAACCUCGAGGAUGGAGGGCGCCAUUAUAUCAGUUGCGCACACACACCAUUCAAGUCCUAGAAGAGUUUGGUUUUUUAUACGAUUCCUCUCUCACGCAUCAUGAUUCGUCGUUGUACUUUAUCCCUCGAAUGUCAGAGCCUAAGGCCAUCGACUUUUCGCCUUCCAAGUCUGCCUCGACUUGGAUGAAGCCCCUCCCUGCCCCAUCAGCCAGGACUCCCCAGACUCUGGUUGAAAUCCCGUGCAAUUGGUAUAUGGAGGAUAUGACGCCACUACAGUACUUCCCGGCACAGAACUCCCAGGGUUUUGUUAGUUCGAGUAUUAUAGAACAGAACUGGCGGUCGCGAUUUGAGUUCCUCUACGGUGAGGCUCUCGAAAGAUCAAUUGAGGAAGAUUCCGAGCAAGGCUUUGUUUUCCCUUUGAUCCUACACCCAGAUACUAGUGGAAUGGCUCAUGUGGUUGGGAUGAUUGACCGAAUGAUUUCGUGGCUCAAACAGCAGGGAGACGAGGUUGAAUUUGUGACAUUUGGCGAGUGUGCGGCAGAAUGGAAAAAGAAUCAUGCUUAA